UGCGGCUCGCAGCCAUACCCGUGCUCGUACCUGUCAUGGAUUCCAAGGAUCGACCGCGAGCGCAGGCACGCGUGAUCGCACGAUUUUCUGCGUGAAAAUCAACGAUACAUCGAGAAAUACGUGUAUAAAAGUAAUGCACGAUUAUGAGCCGGUGGUAAAGUGGUGAUAUUUCACUAAUCCAAGUGUUGGCGCCGCGUAAACAAUCGUUGCAAGAUGAACCCUCUCGACACGGGUUACGAGCCUUCUUCUGUCAUACGGAGAACAGAUAUUGAGGAGCAGGUGGCAGCAAUCGCGCUGGAGCUUUAAGAACCGAGGGGUGGAGGCUGGAGAACGCAUUUCCCGUCGGAUACUUGGAUCAGCCGAAGAAGGAGGAUCGUUUUCAAGGAAGCUUUCGUGCAACCUGUGCACGUUCUCCUUCUUCGUCAGUAACGGCAAGAAAGACUUAAAAAGAGGACGGUGAGGAUGAGGCAAGUAGUCGUGUUGGAGCCGGCUGGCAGCGUUCUGGUGAUCAGACAGACUUCCCUCGGUAGUAACGUCGCUACUGGUAACACCAAUUCCAACGCUGGAUCCAAUAACGCUCACGAGACCCAUGGGCUCGCCAAUCACGCCGCUGUGUCCACGAUUGCCUCCAAUGAUCACAAUCAGAAUCGUAUCGUCGUCGUGCGCUCAUCCUCCUCGACCUGCAUGACCACCACGGUUCCACAGAAGACAUCGAACGUUUUUCACCAGGCUGACAAUCAUUCGUCCGCGAACGGUAACAACAUCAACGUUAACGGGAACCUGAAUGGAAACACCGGGGCGAUCGGUAGCAAAACAUCGACGAAGGUGGUGGCCGGUAGCGGUGGCUCGAAAUCGAACGAGAGGAACGAUCAUCUUAGAAACGAUCACAAGAGCCAAGAUGGGAUCGGCACCGGUGAAUCGAACUCUGGAUGCCGUCCAAGGACGAGCAAGGAAGCCGCUCACGAGAACGUCUCCUUAGACAGGAAGCUCGAUGGCGCGGAUCCCAUCUCCGAUGGAGAUCCGAUAAAGCUACCGGAGAAUUUGGAGACCUUGCCACGAGCUGAACAUUUUCCAACUCAGAGGCACCGAUGGAACACCAACGAGGAAAUUGCUGCUAUCUUGAUCAGUUUCCAAAGGCACGCGGAAUGGCAAAGUCGGGAGGUAAAGGUACGACCUCGGAGUGGUUCGAUGUUACUGUACUCGAGAAAGAAGGUCCGUUACCGGCGGGACGGUUAUUGCUGGAAGAAACGGAAAGAUGGUAAAACUACACGAGAGGAUCACAUGAAACUGAAGGUCCAAGGAGUCGAGUGCAUCUAUGGCUGUUACGUGCACUCGGCGAUCCUCCCGACGUUUCAUCGGCGUUGUUAUUGGCUACUACAGAAUCCAGACGUCGUCCUCGUUCACUACUUAAACGUUCCUUACCCGGACGGUGAUGCAAAGCUCGCGGCGCUGCCACCGUGUCUCGCACUGCCGCCAGACAAGAAGGAGUGGACGCGAGACGAGCUGGCUUCCCAGCUUAGACCCAUGUUCCUCGGUGGAGAUGACGAUCCUAACAAUCCUCAUCUUACACAACACUCGAAUCAUCCCGUUGACAUGAUAGUUUCUCAACUGUUGGACAGACAGAGAGCAUCUUCCACUUCUUCUACAACCAGCACUCAGCUUGCACCUAGGAGACUAACACCGGACAAUCAGGUUUCUUCGACUACCGGAGGUCAGCAAUCGUCAACAGCAGCCUCACCGGCUCCUCGCGUAUACUCGAGACAUUCCCAUACGGCUCAAAGCCAACAGCCGGCUCCUCUAGUUUUAAGUUUGCAACAAAUCCAGGGUGGUGGCGGUCUUUUAAUUCUAAACAGCCAACCGUAUCAUCAUCAACAACAACAACAACAACAGCAGCAGCAGCAGCAACAACAACAGCAGCAGCAGCAGCAACAGCAGCAGCAACAACAGCAGCAGCAGCAGCAGCAACAGCAGCAACAACAACAACAAAGUCAACAAGUGGAAAUGCAACAGGUUACAGAGCAACAAAUUGUACAGCAGACGAGUGUGGACAGGGAACAACAGACCCAGCAAGAAAUCGACGCUCAAGAAAGUAUGGAUCGCUCAGCGGUGCAAUCGUUGCCAAUCGGUGGCACAGGUCCCGAGGUCACCGAUUUCGCCGAGACGUUGGACCUAAGUCAAGAGGAUAUUCAGCGAACGUUAUCCGCGAACAUGGUUCCACCGUCUCCGUCGCCUUCCCCGGCAGACAACAGCAUGAUCAAUCCGAUGGAUUUCAUCGAUUCGUCGGACGACGUUCUAGUUAAUUUAGACGCGUUCGACGUGUUCGGUGACCUACCCGAGCUUCACGAUUUCGAGGCCGAGCAGGCUAAAGCCGAAGAAAGAGGCGGGUCUGACAGUGACGUGGGAUGUCAUCCUGGAACAACCGUCCAUAUUGCGGAGUACAGUCCGGAGUGGAGUUACACCGAGGGUGGUGUAAAGGUAUUGGUCGCUGGUCCGUGGACCGGUGGGAGUAACUCUCAAUCUUAUUCGGUGUUGUUCGACGCUGAACCGGUUGAGGCGUGUUUGGUACAACCAGGAGUGUUGCGGUGUCGUUGCCCAGCUCAUGCUCCGGGAAUAGCGUCCCUUCAGGUCGCGUGUGACGGCUUCGUUGUUUCCGAUAGCGUUGCUUUUGAGUAUCGUCGGGCACCGACGACCGAGCCAAGUCCAGAACGAGCUCUUCUCGAUCGUUUGGCGGAUGUGGAGUCCCGUCUGCAAGGACCUGGCCCUCCAUCUCCCGCGGCUCAUCUGGAAGAGCGACUAGUGGCAUAUUGUCAAGAUGCUGUUGUCCGUCCGUGGCGAGCUGGAGCGGAACCAUUACAAUCCGGUGGCCCUACUCUCUUACAUUUGGCCGCCGGGUUGGGCUACUCCAGGUUAGCCUGCGCGCUCCUUCACUGGAGAGCGGAAAAUCCUAGUAGCGUGUUAGAUGCCGAAGUUGAUGCCCUGAGGCAGGAUAGCGCCGGUCUUACACCACUUGCUUGGGCUUGCGCAGCGGGACACGCGGAUACUGCCAGAAUCCUCUAUAGAUGGAACGCAAUGGCGCUUCGCGUGAGGGAUUGUCAGAACAGAACAGCGACCGAGUUAGCGGCGGAGAACGGUCACACGGCGAUCGCAGAAGAAUUGAAUCGACUCGAAGCGAGAAGACAAGACGAGAGGCUUUUCUUGCGACCCGCCAGCCCUAGUCCUAGGAGGCCAUCUCAAGACAGCGGUCUCGAUCUGGCGUUGUGUGGCUCGCCGCUGCUGGACAACAUGGAAUUGUUGCAAGAGGAUGACUCGUCUUUAGCCCUCAGCGAGCAGGGAAUGGAAAGCGCUCCGACCCCUCAGGAGACUGUAGGGGAAGAAGACGCGAGGGUGCUGACAUUGGCUGAGCAAAUUAUAGCUGCGCUACCGGAAAGGAUCAAGAGAGCGGAAGGUGAUUCUCCGUCUUCUUCCUCACCACCUCCCCCGGCACCGCCCUUGUCAUCUCUGGAAGAUGCUCUGAUGGAACAAAUGCCGCUCGAUUCCGGCGAAUUGUUCGACUCGUAUCGCGAGUGCAGCGGAGGUGCGGCGUCGGUCUCGGACGCUGACGCGGAUGCUAGUCCAUCGAGUCCAUCGAGCAGUUGCCUCACGCCGGACUCGCCAUCUCCACCGCCCACGACAGCCGACUUCUGCGAGUUCUUGCAGCUGCAGUUGCAGCUCGACGGGAAUAAUGGUCAGAACGGCCAGUACUAUUCGAGCGGGGGAGACCGGAAGUUUGGUAGCGUGAUCGGCUCUGGAAUUUGCGGGACCGUGUCUGGUGGAGGUAAUGGGAACGGUGACGGGAGCGAAGCGGAUCUGAGCAGGCUCACGUUGUCCGAUCGUGAGCAAAGAGAGCUUUAUCACGCCGCUCGAAUGAUCCAGAAAGCCUACCGAAAUUACAAGGGACGCCAGAGGCAAGAGGAAGCGGAGAGACACGCUGCUGUACUCAUCCAACAAUAUUAUCGUCGACAUAAACAGUACGCUUAUUUUAGACAAGCUACGAAGGCCGCGUUGGUGAUACAGAGUAACUACAGGAAUUAUCGGUCACGUCCAGGCUCAGCCAGCUCGAGGCAGCAAGCGGUGCAUCAGCAGGCAGCGCAUCAGGCCGCGAGGAAGAUCCAGCAGUUCAUGCGGCAGUCGAAAAUCAACUUGUCGUGGGACGAUUCACGACCGGCUGCAGAACGCCAGGGCCGCCGCAAACGGGAACGGGAGGCCGCCAGCGGGCAUUUUACGGGCGGUUGCUGUCCCCCAAAGCUCGCCCUCAUCUAGCCCAGGGGCCAGCCUAGUAGCCGCCAGCCCAGAGGUCACUUAAUCGACUGUCGAUCGAACGGCACACAGAACGGUGAUGACACAUCCGAAGCGAAAUAAUAGAGCCUAGCCAUCCAAAAUAACGGUCGUCACGGGGUUUUACGCCACGACGGAACGGAAGGAAUGAGGUUCGUUCGUCGAGGCUCGCCAAGGUUCCAACGAAGCAGCAAACAGUUGUCCGGAGGAGAAGCCUCUGAGAGACGAUCGGCCACGACACGGACACGCUUUGCUCUCUACAAAUCCCUGAUUUGAAUAUAUCACGUACCUGCCUUCUUUAUUCAUCUAAAGAUCAAUAUCCAUCUUUCGCAUCUUUGACCCACAGUUCAGCCGAAGGAUCGUGCCCGUCAUCCUGUAUCUACUUUCUCAUUCACUUUCGCCCUUCAGUUUCGAUUACGACUGCUGCCGGUUUUCACCCAUUCGUUUGCUGCAUUUCUGUUUCUUCGGUCGACCGAGUGACGCUAAGUGGUAUCCCAGAGGUAGGUGGUCUGUCAUGGUCUCUCUGGCACGCGCACGCGAGACGUCGCAUGCGUGCAACGCGUACAUUACAUUUCAAGCAUAUAAACGAUGCAUCAAUUAUUUAAGAUCGUAUCAAGGAUCGAAUCGGUCGGAGCAUGUUCGUAGAGUUGCAACCGUUGCCCUCCGCUUGAGGCAUCGCAAUUUGUCGAAUACUUUUUACGACUGAGAGUACAAAAGAGGCUAUGUUUUUUCUUUUUUUUUUUUUUUUUUUGCUGAAGAACCUUUUGCAAAAAAAAACGACUGUACUAUUUGCAUUGAUUUUCUCUGGCACACCGUGUUAGAUUAGUUUCUUUUUCCAUUUUUCUCCAUUCUUUUUCCCUUUCCUCCCUUCCCUCGUCCUUGCAAGAAGUUUGUGGCACCGACUGUCGAACGAAACCGUUCUCGUCGUUUAUUUUUUUCUCGCGUCGCGUGCCCGUCUACUUAAAAGUUGUUGUUCGUCUCCUUUUUUCUUCCCUUUUUCAUUUUUUUCUUUUUUUUUGUUUUGUUAUUACGUAAGCGGUAGACAACGGCGAGAAGAGAACAGUAUUGACAAGACUCGUGAAAACGUCGUUGAAGAAGAAUUCUUUUCCUUCUUUCCCUUUCUUUUUGUACGAUUUACACACCUGUGAAUUUCAACUUGCGUUUUUUAUAUAUUAAUCUCGGAGUGAGAAAAACAUACGUCUCGAGUAUAUGUAAUCAAGUAUUUCCACCGCCUAUAAACGAGAAUUAAAGACGCUCGACUUUCCUUGCUUCUUCACUUUUUAAGUAUUUAUCGUUGAGAGAAAAGAAUAGAAAGCGAUCGAUAGCGAGCCCCACGCGUGAGUUUUUAUCUGUUGCUGUCGUACCUCGAACGCUUUUCUUUAUUUAUUCCUCACUGUAUCACAAGCUUUACGCGAAAUCGAAUCUUAUCUUUAUCUUUUUUUCAGUUAAAGCGACUUCGUACAUGUUUCUUUCUCGUUUUCUUUUUUUCUUUCUUACGAUCGAGCAUGAUGCGAAUGUUUGAUUGCCGUGAAUGACACGGUGCAAUGUCUGUUCUGUACGUGAACAGGAGAUAUUGAUUCUGCAUAAUAUUGAAUUAGGUGGCAGCAAUGAUCUCUUCCUUGCACGAUACGAUUUUCUUUGUUGCUUUCACAAAAAAAAAACAAAAAAAAAACAAAAAAAAAAAAGGAAGAACGAGAGAGGCAAUACAAUUCAGGUCGAUGAGAUAAGAAGCACCUUUAUUUUCGGAGAAAUCUUCGUAUAUCUGAGAUCUAGGAAGAGAGAGAAAGAGAGCAUGGACGAGUGAGCGUGUGAACAAAGAAGGCUGCUAGAGAAACAAAAAACAAAACAAAAAAAAAACAAAAAAAAAGUGAAGCGAGCGGAUUAGAGAGAGAGAGAGAGAGAGAGAGAAUUUGAAGAGAAAAAGUAAAAAAAAAAAUAAUAAAAUCAAGAGCCCUUUCUCUAAUUAAACGGAGGGGCACUUCAUCCACGGGCUGUGCUUAAAGUCACAGUAUAAUCAACUUCGUAGAAUUAUAUUUAGGGGUAAGAUAGUCGAUUACAUUGUUACAAAACUACCUACCGUUUUCUCUCUCCAGUAGGGGAUUUUUUUAAAAAGGUUCUUUAGAUAAUGAAAAGAUAAAAAAAUUAAAAAAAUAGAGGUUAAAAUUAAGGUGUAGAGCGAGGCGGAAUUAUAUAUGCGCACGGGGGCACAGCCGUGGUACCCGCGUUCAGAUUGAUUUAAGAAGACAAAAAUUUAUUGUGAUAAAUUAAAUGGUGAUCCAAGAAAGUAUUUCCGCGGAAAAUACUAAAGCGAAAAAAAAAAAAACGUUAGACGCAAAAAAAGAAAAAAAAAAAUCGAACGUCUCAAACGUCCAAAUGGGGACGCGAGUCGCUGAGACGCGAAAAAAAAAAAAAAGGAAGGAAAGAUAGACAGACAGACAGACAAAUCCGGUAUGGUGAGUCGAGUAUUUACGCCGUCAGAUCUGUCGGGAGAAUCUAUUUGAUAGAAGUACCGAUUGAUCCUCGUCUUCGAUAUAUAAAAAUAUUAAAAAAUGAAAAAAAAAAUAAAAAAAAAAUAAAAGAAAUCCUGUGUUGAUCCUCCGGUGUUGUAAGACAAGCAAAAUGAGCGAGGUUUUUGUAGCGAGGUUAAAAAGUAAAUUGUGCGGAGCGCGAAUGAGAAAGAGAGAGAGAGAGAGAGAGAGAGAAAGAGAGCGCGAGAGAGAGAAGAGAAAUGAAUUAUGAUAAAACUGUACACACGAGUCAAUUCCAACGAGCAUUUUCAUGCCAUUAAGCUUAAAGAAUUAUUAGUUGAUAAUGAAAACAAAAAUGAAAAAAAAAAUAAGUAAAAUAAA